ACGGAUUCUAUUAGUCUCCCUUGUUACUCCUUUAAGGUUGGAUCGGGCACAAGCCUGCGGAGCUGGUCGAUCGAUCGAAAUUGAUCGCACCUGAAGAGCAGGACAAAACUAAACGGUGCAACAAUUUCUUCAUCUUCUUUUCUUUUUCAUUUUUUAUUUAUUUCUUCGCGUUCAUCUUUGAGUACAUUGUUCGUAAGAAGCAAAGCUCGAUCGAAUAAAAAACGAAUGUUGUAUACUGAAAAGUUUUUCGAAAACGGAAACGUAAAAUUAUAACCGAGGUAGACUGACUGGUGUUUUCACUCGAAGAAGAGAAGAGAUUUAUGACGAUUCGUAGGCACUUUAAAGUGAAUUUAGUGAAUCUAUCAAUCGAGGAAAUAUGGCUACAUUGAUACGACGUAUCUAUCACGGCUACCGCUACAUCAACGAGGAGUUAGCAGAUCCUAGAACACAGGAUUACUUUCUCAUCGGAUCACCAUGGGCCUGCAUAGGUAUAGUAGGAUUUUACCUAUACUUCGUGCACGAUUUGGGCCCUAAUUUGAUGGCGAAGAGGAAACCCUUCAAUUUAGACAGAAUCGUGCAAAUAUACAAUGCAAUACAGAUAGUAUUAUGUACAUACGUAUUCUAUAAGGCGUUGGAAUUGGCCUGGUUGUUCCACUAUAAAUUCGCCUGUGAACCGGUUGAUUAUUCUUACAGUCCAAGGGCGCUUGAGAUAAGCAGGACUGUAUGGUUGUACUUUAUGGUGAAGCUGUUUGACCUGUUGGAUACCGUUUUCUUCGUUCUUCGAAAGAAACAGAAUCAAGUGUCGUUUCUUCACGUCUAUCAUCACGCGGGGAUGGCUUUAGGUACCUGGGCAGCAACUAAAUUUUUGGCUGGAGGUCACAUUACCUUCUUGGGUACGAUCAAUAGCUUUGUUCACAUAGUGAUGUACACGCACUACUUGGUGACCUCGUUACGAUUGAGCAAACCCUGGUGGAAGAAAUAUAUAACACAAAUACAACUCACCCAAUUCUGCCUGAUCCUGCUGCAUUUUGUGUUGCUAGCCUGGUCCGAGGAUUGCGGUUUCCCAAAAUGGACGGCUGCGGUGAUGAUCCCCCAGAACGUCUUCAUGAUCGUCUUGUUCGCAGAUUUCUACUACAAGGCGUACAUAAGAAAGCCAAAAGUCGCUACGAACGGUGUCACGUCAGAAAUAUCAAACGGAAAAUUGAAGAACCAGUAAAAAUGUUAAAUUUGCGUUACACGUCUUCGAUCCUGGCUCAUUCCGACUUCAUUCAGUUUCAGAAACGGCUCAACCUCAUCGAUAGAAUGGCUCUACGUCUGGCCACUUAGAGACGCAGUUGCUUUCUCAACAUAAUUUCACGAUGUUAUCUGUCCCCGAUCAUAACGAUAUGUCAACUAAUAAUCUUACCACUUACUUUCUAUUUAUAUUCAUUCAUUAUUGUAGAUCGCAAUGCAAAUAGACGUAGCUACACACGCUAAUACCUUCUCUGUUUCGAAGAUAAUGUUUGUACUGAAAACAAGUUCCUUUUCGUCCAGAAGCGAAUUCAAUAAAUGUUUUGAUGAUAAUCAUUGGUCACUUGUACAUUUGGGAUCAAUAAAUUUUAUUUUAACACCUAA